AUGAACCAGGUGUGUCGUGUAAACGUCGUGUCCCCCGUGGCUGUGACGUCACGCGCACGCGUAGUAGCCAACAGGCAGUGCUGCACUCCUCUACCAAAAGAGGGCGCCCUCACUCCAUGUAUCGAUUGGCCUGUCAGUCCUCUGUCACUGAGACUGGAGAGCUGGUCAAAAUGCACAGCAUCAGAGUGGGUGUUAAAAACACUAAGCAGGGGGUACAGACUGCAGUUCGCUGCAAAUCCCCCGCCGUUCAGGGGUGUAAUUCAGUCACAAGUUGUGGGGGAAGCCGCUCAUUUUCUACGGGAGGAGAUUUCCUCUCUGUUAGAGAAGGGAGCGAUAAAAAUUGUCCCUCCCUCAGACAGCAAGAACGGAUAUUAUUCCAGAUAUUUUCUGGUCAAAAAGAAGGGGGGAAACGGCAUUCGGGCGAUUUUAGAUCUCAGAGAUCUAAACAAGCACCUCAGGAAAUACAAAUUUCGAAUGCUAACACAUGCGUCUCUACUGCGUUUCCUGCGCGCAGGGGAUUGGUUCACAUCAAUCGACCUCAAGGACGCUUAUUUCCACAUCCCAAUAUAUCCGCCACACAGAAAGUAUCUCAGAUUUGCCUUUCAGGGGACCAGUUACGAAUACUUAGUGCUCCCCUUCGGCCUCUCAUUAAGCCCAAGAGUGUUUGUAAAAUGCACGGAAGCGGCAGUUACACCGCUCAGGAGGCAGGGCGUCAGAAUAGCGACAUAUAUAGACGACUGGCUCAUUGCGGCAUCCUCCCACCAGGAGGCAGCAGACCACACGAGGUUGCUCACAGAACACUUGGGGAACCUAGGUUUCAGAAUAAAUCUAGAAAAGAGUGUUCUUCUCCCUUGUCAGACCAUCUCCUUCAUAGGUCUUUUUAUAGACUCAGCUCAGGCCAGAGUGAAGCUGACUGGAGAGAGGUUGCAGGCCCUCAGGGACUGUUUAGACCUGUUUCAAAGGGGAAAGUUUGUGUCCUUCAGACUCUGCCACAGGCUGCUGGGGUUGAUGGCCUCAGCCUUGGUGGUGGUUCCGAUGGGACGGUUAUACAUGAAGGGAAUACAGCGUUGGGUGGCUUCUCACCGAUUAGACCCACGCCGUCAGGGAUCUCACAGAGUGAGGGUUUCGGUGGAUUGCACAGCAGCCCUAAUCCCAUGGAGGAAGAGGGGUUUCCUAACACAGGGAGUGCCUAUGGGAGUUGUUCUGUGCAGGAAACUAAUCACAACAGACGCCUCCUUAGUCGGCUGGGGGGGCGUGUGCGAAGGGAGAGCUGUGAAUGGGACCUGGGAGCCCCACAUGCAUGUGUUAGUUCGAACAGACAACACCACAGUAGUGGCUUAUAUCAACAGACAGGGGGGCCUGAGGUCCCUUCAAUUACACACACUGGCACACAGACUGAUUGUCUGGAGCAGCAAUCAUUUUCUGUCCCUGAAAGCCACUCAUGUGCCUGGGGUUCUGAACCAUGGAGCAGAUCUUCUGUCCAGGGGAAACCCUCUUUAUGCAGAAUGGAGACUGCAUCCGAGUGUGGUGAAUCUGGUCUGGGAGCGGUACGGGCAGCCAUCAGUAGACCUCUUUGCAACAGGGGAGAACUCUCAGUGUCCCCUGUUCUUCUCCCUUCACGAUCAGAAUGCACCCUUGGGGGUGGAUGCAUUUGCUCAUCAGUGGCCUCACGUCCUGCUGUAUGCAUUUCCCCCCAUAGCAUUGAUAUCUCCGACUCUAGCCAGGGUACAGAAAGAAGGCCUGUCGAUGAUUCUUAUAGCUCCUUACUGGCCGUCGAAGCACUGGCUGGCAGAGAUAACUCGGCUCCUUUACAGAGAGCCGUGGCCUCUGCCGAUACGCAGAGACCUGUUGACACAGGCGCACGGACAGAUAUUUCAUCCUCACCCAGAGAGGCUGGCUCUGUGGGCCUGGCCCGUGAGUGGUUUAACUUAA